UUACCCUGCAGGAGCAACUGUUCCCCGGGGGUGAGCGUCAUCCUGCGGCAGCUGGCACCCAGACCAGUCUUCCUCCCCCGCCACUCUGAGUCCUCUGCCCUUGACUGGAUCUUCAUGGGCAGUGAGGGACCUGGAGCCCCUGGCAUAUGUUACACACUGGACUAUGUACAGAGGCCCUCCUGGCAGGCUCAGGUGAGUGGUACCAAGACCUGGCACUUCAGACCAGUGCCAGAGUGUCAACAGGUGUGCCAACCCUUCAGUGUCACUGUCAACAAGGGAGAUAUAAUUUUUGUUGAUACUAACCAAUGGUACCACACGACCUACAUCCAUGAAGGAGAACUUUCCAUCACUAUUGGAUCUGAGUAUGACUAGUCAGCAACACCAUACUGUAGCUGGCCAGAACCUGUUGCUGGUUCCAUCAAGUUAAAGAGUGUGUUUCCAGUAUUGACAUCUGCUGUAACUUAUUUCCUUUGGGUUAGUACUGUAAGUAUCUCUUGUGGUGCAGAAGGAUGAGUUAUGUGCCACACUCAUGUUCAGCUGUGUUGGGCCUCAUUGACAACACCCGACCCAAAGUUAUCUAAGAAAGAAGCCCGAGAGUUAUGGCCGUCCUUUUGUGAAUGGCACCGGGCAUGGGGUAAUUGAGUACCUGUACAGUGCUGUGUUACCUUAUUUAUAUACAGUACAGUACUGGCAUUAUUUUAAGAUAAUUUAGCACAGAAUAUAAUCACUGUCAUUCCCAGGUGUUCGGUAUACAUGUGACCGAGUGAGAAAACAAAAAGAGGUGUCGUGAGGAGGUGGUGUUGGCACACUAAACACUACACUUGUAUCCAUAUUGUUCACUGGAGAUGUUUGUCCUACUGUACUGUGAUGGUAACUUUAAGAAGAGGGAGUGUCACACAUAGGUUGUUGUGGCAGGCAUGAAUAAUAACCAGCAGGUGCCAGAUGACAACUGCUGUAAGGCAUCACAUCAGCUGUCUUACAAGAAAGUGAAGCCAGGAUCAACUUUUAGUUUUUUAAUCAGAAUCUAUGUUAACAGCCGGUGACAGUCACCCCUAAAAGCUUUCUCACUCAACAGUUUUGACUCUAAGUUGACCAAACAGAUUGACACCAUUGAGCAGAUACACAUUAAACACACUGAAACAUAAUUGAGUUAAUUGCUUCAUAAAGGACGUCUACUCUAUAGGUCAUUCAAUUGCUUCAUAAAGGAUGUCUACUCUAUAGGUCAUUCAAUUGCUUCAUAAAGGAUGUCUACUCUAUAGGUCAUUCAAUUGCUUCAUAAAGGACGUCUACUCUAUAGGUCAUUCAAUUGCUUCAUAAAGGACGUCUACUCUAUAGGUCAUUCAAUUGCUUCAUAAAGGACGUCUACUCUAUAGGUCAUUCAAUUGCUUCAUAAAGGACGUCUACUCUAUAGGUCAUUCAAUUGCUUCAUAAAGGAUGUCUACUCUAUAGGUCAUUCAGUUGCUUCAUAAAGGAUGUCUACUCUAUAGGUCAUUCAAUUGCUUCAUAAAGAACGUCUACUCUAUAGGUCAUUCAAUUGCUUCAUAAAGGACGUCUACUCUAUAGGUCAUUCAAUUGCUUCAUAAAGGAUGUCUACUCUAUAGGUCAUUCAGUUGCUUCAUAAAGGAUGUCUACUCUAUAGGUCAUUCAAUUGCUUCAUAAAGAACGUCUACUCUAUAGGUCAUUCAAUUGCUUCAUAAAGGACGUCUACUCUAUAGGUCAUUCAAUUGCUUCAUAAAGGACGUCUACUCUAUAGGUCAUUCAAUUGCUUCAUAAAGGACGUCUACUCUAUAGGUCAUUCAAUUGCUUCAUAAAGGACGUCUACUCUAUAGGUCAUUCAAUUGCUUCAUAAAGGACGUCUACUCUAUAGGUCAUUCAAUUGCUUCAUAAAGGACGUCUACUCUAUAGGUCAUUCAAUUGCUUCAUAAAGGACGUCUACUCUAUAGGUCAUUCAAUUGCUUCAUAAAGGACGUCUACUCUAUAGGUCAUUCAAUUGCUUCAUAAAGGACGUCUACUCUAUAGGUCAUUCAAUUGCUUCAUAAAGGACGUCUACUCUAGAGGUCAUUCAAUUGCUUCAUAAAGGACGUCUACUCUAUAGGUCAUUCAAUUGCUUCAUAAAGGACGUCUACUCUAUAGGUCAUUCAAUUGCUUCAUAAAGGACGUCUACUCUAUAGGUCAUUCAAUUGCUUCAUAAAGGACGUCUACUCUAUAGGUCAUUCAGUUGCUUCAUAAAGGACGUCUACUCUAUAGGUCAUUCAAUUGCUUCAUAAAGGACGUCUACUCUAUAGGUCAUUCAAUUGCUUCAUAAAGGACGUCUACUCUAUAGGUCAUUCAAUUGCUUCAUAAAGGACGUCUACUCUAUAGGUCAUUCAAUUGCUUCAUAAAGGACGUCUACUCUAUAGGUCAUUCAAUUGCUUCAUAAAGACGUCUACUCUAUAGGUCAUUCAGUUGCUUCAUAAAGGACGUCUACUCUAUAGGUCAUUCAAUUGCUUCAUAAAGGACGUCUACUCUAUAGGUCAUUCAAUUGCUUCAUAAAGGACGUCUACUCUAUAGGUCAUUCAAUUGCUUCAUAAAGGACGUCUACUCUAUAGGUCAUUCAAUUGCUUCAUAAAGGACGUCUACUCUAUAGGUCAUUCAAUUGCUUCAUAAAGGACGUCUACUCUAUAGGUCAUUCAAUUGCUUCAUAAAGGACGUCUACUCUAUAGGUCAUUCAAUUGCUUCAUAAAGGACGUCUACUCUAUAGGUCAUUCAAUUGCUUCAUAAAGGACGUCUACUCUAUAGGUCAUUCAAUUGCUUCAUAAAUGACGUCUACUCUAUAGGUCAUUCAAUUGCUUCAUAAAGGACGUCUACUCUAUAGGUCAUUCAAUUGCUUCAUAAAGGACG